AUGUUGUGCAAAGCAUUGUCUACAAUAUUGGGUAAUGAUCAGUUCGAAGCCUUUACUUUCAAUCUCUUUCAGAAACUCUUUGAAGAAGUUCUGACCCUCCCAUUGAAUUAUGCAAUGGCUUUCAGGUCCAACUUGACGCGUCUUAAUUUUAGUGGCUUUUAUACUGCUGUCCUGGAAAAGAAUGACGAAAUCAUAUGUGCUGCAAGCGUAAGGGUGCAUGGAAAAAGGUUGGCUGAGAUGCCCUUCAUCGGAACCCGUACAGAAUUCAGGCGUCGAGGGAUGGCUCGCACCCUGGAAAAUUGCGUUGAAUCUGCUCUUUGCGAUCUAAAAGUUGAGAAGCUGGUGAUUCCAUCUCUCCAACAACUUGCUGGCAUGUGGAUGGAAAAGUAUCUUUUCUCCCACAUCGAGGAGGACCGCUUGAAAAUGGAGCUCAGCCAGUACAAUACGGUGACGUUCCCAAGUUCAGUCGUGAGACUCCAGAAGACGUUGUCGACGCUUCCUGACUUGAACGGUGGUCCUUCUCCUUCCGAAACCAAUGAAGGUUCAUUGAAUGCCAUUUAAAAGUUAUCUUCAGCAAUCAGAAUCACAGUGCUUGUUUCAACGCAGUUUCUAGUCGUGCUGUACACAUGGGGUUGUUGUUUAUACUAGUUGCGGGCUUGCAG